CGUCUGCGGAUUUAGCCACAAAGUAAGAUCUCUCGGAUGAGGUAGCGCUUGAAGCCACAGGCAGCGUGAGCGAUGAGCAUCCCCCCUCCCCCCCGCACCAAUCCCGUCGGUCCGCCGCCUCCGCCAGGCGCCCCCUCCGGCCAUCCAUCCAUCGGACCAACACCUGCACCACCACCAGGAGGGCCAGGCGGCGCCACGUCGUUGCCCGGCGCGUCGCGGCCUCCCGGCCCGCCGCCUCAGUUUUUCGUAGAUCACAAGAAGGGCGAGGUGAAUGAGCUACGGCAGCUGCUGCGGCAGGUGCAGCUCGACAAGGACCAGCAGAAGAAGCGGGAUGCCAUCAAGAAAGUCAUCGCCUACAUGACACUCGGUCAGUCAAGGAAGGAAGGCUCUUUGAUGGCAUUAGUGAUGGCACACGCACCGGCAGAGAGAGAGAGAGAGAGAUCAUGCUUGUCUGUUGUGUUGCGUUGUGGUGUUGUGUGUGUGCGUGUGUGUGCGUGUGUUUGGUGUGUGCAGGGAUCGAUGUGAGCAAACUGUUCAGCGAGAUGAUCAUGGCGACCAGCACCACCGACCUCGUUCAGAAGAAGAUGAUCUACCUCUACCUUGCCAACUACGCCGGUGAGUUCGCAUGCAUCACGACACACACCACACACACCACACACACCAGGGAUGAUGCUGCGGCGUGUCUGACGUGUCUGGCGUGUGUGGUGUGUGCAGAGAGCAAUAGCGAGUUGGCGAUCCUGGCGGUCAACACGUUGCAGAAGGACUGCCGCGACGAGGACCCCACAAUCCGGGGGCUGGCACUCAGGAGCCUCUGCAGCCUCAGACUCACAAACAUGGUCGAGUACCUCGAGGCAGGUACGUUCCUUGUGCGAGGCGCGUGAGCCCGCCGUCAUUGGCAAUCCCAUUCACCCUUGUGUGUUGUGUGUGGUGUGUGGUGCGUGCAGCGAUCCGCCGUGGUUUGAACGACCACAAUGGUUAUGUGCGCAAGACGGCCGUGGUGGGGUGUCUGAAGCUGUACCACAUCAGCCCGGAGGUGGUCAAGGACUCAGACCUGCUCUCCAUACUCUACAAGCUCACCGCUGAUGGAGACCCGCAGGUACACACACACACACACACACACACGGGCACACACAAGUGAGAUCGUGUUGUCUGCUGUCUGUCUGUCUGUCUGUCUGUGUGUGUGUGUGUAUCUGUGUGUGUGGCUGCAGGUCGUGACGAACGCCUUGUGUGCGCUGAACGAGAUGCACACAGAGGAGGGCGGCAUGGCCUUCGACAGAAACCUGAUGAUACACCUCCUCAACAGGUCGGUGUGCAGACCGCUCUCUCUCUCUCUCCCCUGUUGAUGUCUGCCUGUGUGUGUGUGUGUGUCGGCAGGAUCCGGUACUUCAGCGAGUGGGGCCAGAGCAUCAUCCUGAACCUCCUCACGCACUACCCCCCGGCCGACGACAACGAGCGGUUCGACAUCAUGAACAUCCUCGAGGAACGGCUCAAACACGCCUCAGCCGCUGUCGUACUGGUCAGCUGCUGUUUGUGUGUGUGUGUGCGUGUGUGUGUGACGGUCUGUGUGAGUGUGUGUGAUGGUCUGUGUGUGUUGGUCACCCACCCAGGGUGUGACCAAGUGCUUCGUGUGCUUAACUGAGAGCCACCCGGAGCUGCAUUACCAGGUGCUGCUGCGGCUCAAGGACCCCCUCCUGACCCUCGUGUCGACGUCGUGCUUCGAGCUGUCCUACACCGUGCUGGUGCACAUCCUCCUGCUGCUCUCCAAGGGUGAGUGAGCACCGAGCGCCAGUUGAGCACAUGUAUGUGGCGGCAGUGGAUGAUAUGAUUUCUACUGUGUGGUGUGGUGUGGUGUGGUGUGGUGUGUCUGUUAGUGGACUCGUUGGGUGUGAUGGAGCACGACUACAAGCACUUUUUCUGCCGGUACAACGAGCCGUCCUACAUCAAGACCGUCAAGCUGGACAUUCUCAAGACGCUCGCCACACCGGUAGUAGGCACCCCCCCAUCCCCCGUCAGCCCCCAACACCAACAUACACCCUCUCACACACCGUCCCACACGCACACAAAGAGAGAGAGAGAUGGACGUCAUGCUGUCUGUCAUGCUAUCAGGCCAAUGUGGGUGAGAUUCUGACCGAGCUGAGUGAGUACGUGAGCGACGUCGACUCGGACAUCGCCAAGAAGACCAUCCAGGCGGUGGGUGCGCUGGCCCUCAAGAUCCCCGAGGCCGUCGACACCAUCGUGGAGCAGCUCCUGGGCUUCCUCAGCCUCGAUAUCGACUACGUCUCAACUGCCACUGUGGUCGUCAUGAAGGACCUGCUGAGGAAAUACCAGCAGGUGGGCAUCCAGCCAUCCAUCCAGCCAUCCCUCUGUGUGUGAGUGUGUGUGUGUGUGUGUGUGGAUCAGCAAUUCAGCCGUGUUGUGGGUGUGAUGGAGAAGUGCCUCAAAGUGGUGGCCGACCCCGAGGGGCUCUGCGCCGUCCUAUGGAUGCUAGGUAGCUACCGCCACCAUAACACAUCACACAAACACACGACGAUCCAUCCCAUCACCCGAUGCGUCUUCUACGGCCGUCACUCACCAGGGGAGUUUGGCGAGUCCAUCGACGACAGCCCGUACCUGUUGGAGCCCCUGGUAGAACGGUUCGGCGAGGAGGAGAGCGCGUCCGUCAAGACGGAGCUGCUCACCGCGGCCAUGAAGCUCUUCUUCAAGCGGCCGCCGGAGAUGCAAAAGAUACUCGGCAGCCUCCUCUCUAAGGUCUGUCAGCUCGGCCGGCCAGCCAGCCACCCACAAUCCUGCCACUCUGUGUCUAUUUGAUGGAUGGAUGGGCUCAGGCGGUUCAGGAGACGAGCAGCCCUGACGUCCACGACAGGGCGCUGCUGUACUACCGCCUGGUGUCCUACAACGUCCUCGAGGCGCAGCGCAUCAUUAACUGCGCAAAGCAGCCGGUGGAGGGAUUCCAGGUACCCAAGGAGCAAGGUGGAUGGAUGGAUGGAUGGAUGGAUGAGGCCGCACUGGUGCUUGCUGCUUCUGUGUCAGUCAUUUGUGUGUGGUUCUGUGUGUGGUUGUGUGUGUGUGUGUGUAUGCCCACCACCCCACCAGGAGAACGUCGACAAGGAUGUGAAGGAGAAGCUCUUCGGGGAGUUUAACUCACUCAGCGUCCUCUACGGCCAGACCUACCACAAAUUCGUCAACACCAAGAACAUAUUCGCAGCAGGUAAGUAGUAAGAUACCUACCCCUCCCCCCUCCCUCCUCCACCCCCAUGUGUCUCAUCUGCUCUCAUGACAGGUCGGUACCAGGGCAGCGAGUCUCGCGGGGCGUCCACCGACGCCCUCCCUGAGGCCCUCGACACCACACAGACCGACCUCAAUGGCCUCCCAGCAGCAGCAGCAGCAGCAGCCGACGAGGAGCCCAAUCUCCUAGGGGACACGGCAGACCAGCCCUCAACAUCGCUGCUGAUGGACCACACACAUGUGCCGCUGCCCGACGGCCCGGCGGCUGCCUUGGGCGGUGUGGGUGUGGGUGUGGGUGAUGGCGGUGAUCUGCUGGGGCUGGGAGGUGGGGAGGGGGAGGAGCAGAGAGCAGCACCCACGACAGUCGCCGACUCGCUCCUGGGAGACAUCGAGCAUGAAGCCACGUGAGCCAGACGCAACGCACCCCUCUCUCGAGAAUUGUCAUUGUGUGUGUGUAUGUGUGUAUGUUUGUCGUUCGUCAGGUCGGUUCCCCCGGCGGCAGCCAGUAGCGCCGGAAGUGCCGGCUCCCAGCCCCACCCAGGCGCCCUCGAUCUCGCCUUCGGCCUCACCACCUCCCCGCCCCCAGCACCAUCACCAUCCACCUCGUCCACCACCCCCUCCAUUGCUCUCGCGUCGCGGCCUGCGAUGGACGCCCCCCAGUUCGAGAGGCGAUGGACGGCGCUCUCUGUGCGGCACACCGAGAGCAGGUCGGCCGCGCUGCCCACCGACACGCACAGCGUCCUUGCAGCUGUCGAGCAGAGCUGCGAGCAGAGGAGGAUCUACUGCAUGGUGGGUACAGACCCAUGAGAUCGAUGAGUGUCAUCUGCACACAUCUGGCAAAAUGUUAUGUGGUGUGCAGGCGUCAGGGGCGGCGGGGUCGCAGCUGAAGUUCUUCUUCUAUGCGAUGGAGGAGGGCGGUCCCGGUGGUGGUGGUGUUGGUGUGUAUUUCUUUGUCGAGUGCGUCAUGGAGGCGGGCAGCGGUGUGAAGGUGACGGUCAAGAGUGAGGGCGGGGCGGACAAGGUGGCCCUCUUCGUGGCGGAGCUCUGGAGGGCACUGCAGCAAUUCAUUGGGGCCUAAUGGCUGGAUAGAUAGCCGAGGGGAGGGCGGUGCGUGGCUGUCCAUGUCUGUGUGUGUGUCUGUCUACGGCACUGUUUUUGGUCUGGUGGUUUGGAUUGGAGAGAGUCCGUGUCAGAUUUGGCGCGUCUGGUGACACGUCUCAUCUUGAUGGCGUCUGGCUCUGUGUGUGCGGGCGCAUUCAGCCAUUUUGCAAUGAGUGACCGUUUUCGACUUCCAUCAGCUCUUCCUCUCCUGCCGAUCAUGUCCUGCCGGCAGACGCGGAGCACGUAGGCAGCGGUCCGCCUAUGUGCUCUCCGUCUGCUUGCGCGACAGUAUCGACAGUGGAGAAGCCGGUGCAUCAAUAUGUAUCAUCAAUCAGGGUGCGUUGCAAGUCUCAUUCACAUCUCUCAUUGGAUCAUGAGAUCAGACAACCUCCCUCCCUCCCUCCCUCCC